AUGCCUGGAAACCGACGAGUGCCCGUUCUAAGGAAAGGAUGCUUGAAAUCCUUGCGCUCACCUGGUGCCGUUGACAGAGCAGCUGAGCAUGCGGGGCCUGUGCUGGGCUUCCUGAUUGACUUCGUUGUGCAGAGACCAGAUCAUAUCCUUCAAGUGGCAGAGGUGAUCAACAUUUUGCUCACCUCCGACGACUGGGUUGCUGCCCUCCAGGAAGUGAUGCAGGAUCUUGUCCUUCAGCUCACAAGCGAGCAGCAGGCCGUCCUCGGAGUUCAAAACGAUGUGCUCCUAGCGCAGCUUCCACAAACAGCUGUGGACUUGGCCCACGAGCAAGCAUCAAAGCUGUUGCAGGAUGCUGGCCAAGUUCGGAAAGAGCUCGAUCGUGUUCGUGCUGGAUUAGGCGAGGGUGGCCUGAGAUUCAAGAGCUCCGUGCAGGAGCUUCGCUUCGAGCCAAGCUACAGAUCUGGCGGUCACGUAUCGGCUGAGACUGGUGACGAAGGGGGCGAGGAUGCAAGUCCAUCUGGCUGGCGAUCCACCACAACACCAGAUGGCAACCGUUACUACUACCACCAGCGCACGAAAGAGAUUCGUCGCAUGCCUCCGGGUGUUGCGACAGCCUCUGCUUCUGAAGCAAGCAGUAGACCCAAGCCCUGGGUCGGUGAAAGGGUCGAGGUGUUUAGCAACUCUGUCCGCAGUUGGUGCCCUGGCUUCGUGGAGCGAGUGGGGAGGGCCGAAGUCAUGAUUGCCUUUCAGCUUCCACAUGCUCGUGCAAACGACUGGUGCAAGAAGACGCUACCACUUGGGCAUCCGGAGCUGAGAUGGGUCUCAAGACCACCCGAAGCACCCUUACCAGCUGGUUCAAGUGUAACUGUUUCUAGGGACAUGUCUACACCUAUGGAGGAAAAAAGAAUGAUGUGUAAAACCUCCUCUGGGUUUUUCGGAACCAACCUACCGACCAAUUGGACCGAAGAUGAGCUGCAGCUGUACGAUGCUCUCUACGCAGAGCUGGAGACGAAGGCGAAAAGUCAUCCUCAAGACACUACAGAUGACAUGGAUCCAGUCGCGGCGCAGCAGUCCGACUUCAUAGCACAGUCUGGGCUGCCGCGGCGCGCCUUGCGGGAGAUCUGGCAGGUGGCCAACCCACACCUCGGGGCAAACCUUGGCCUCGAGGAGUUCCGGGCGUGCUGCCGACUGGUUGGCCAUUGCCAGGCCAUUACUGCGGACUCGGACGACAAGGCGCUAAAGCGCCUGCGUGCGGGUGGUGGCGGCUUACGCGCAGACCUUCGCAGCGCUUGCCUGGGCGAACCGCCCAAGGCACCUGUGCUUUCCUUUUUGCUGACACUUCCGCACUCUUUGUCGUUAUCUCUCUAUCCCCCCUUGUAUACAUGUCUAUGUUUAUGUCUCUGUCAGUGUCGGUCUCUGUCCCUCUCUCUCUCUGCUUCUCUGUCUCUGGCUCUGUCCCUUGCUCUGUCUGCCAUCUAUCUACAUAGCCUCGGGCAGAAGGUCAACCCAGAAAGGAUGCUGUAUGCACGUGUGCGUGUGUGUGUGUGUGUGUGGUUGUCAUGCGAACAUGCGCCCACUGGACUCGUGCCCAUCCUCCGAUUCAAGGCGCUGCCACGGUUUGGCGGAGCUUCACUCCUCGAGAAAGCAGAAAAGCUCAGAUCGGUCGUGGUGCGGUGCUUGCUGCGGUACACGUUACGUACAGUUUAG